ACUUUGAGUUAGUUUGUGUUUGCAUAUUGUCUGGAAAAGUAAGGUGCUUGUUUUGCUGUGGUUAAAGUGGUUUACAGAAAGUGAUGGAUAGUGAGGAAUAUAAAGAAUAUCGUUCCAAACUUAUUGUACUAGUGCGUAAAAAUAAAGUCUUAUGGGAUAAGACUAAAAAAGUCCGCCUCAGUUAUGCGGCCAAAAGCAAAAUUUGGAAUACGAUAGGAAAAGAGUUAGGCCAAUCAGGAGAGAUGGUACGUAAAAAUUGGCAGUGUUUGCGUGAUCAAUAUCGUAGAGACGUGAAGAAACAAAUGGUAGACGGGAUUGCAUCUUCCUGGAUAUUUUUCGACGAAAUGACUUUCAUUCGGAAAUUUUUACAUAUUCGGAAUUUCGAUGGAAGCCUAGAUUCAGAAGAUUCCGAAAUUAUAAACAAAAGUGGUGGCUCAAAAAAGAAGAAAACAUGCAGGAGAUCAUAUUCGAGGAUCAUUCCAACAACAGACAAUUUUAUGACCCAGAUUUUUCCUACAGCAACUAAUCAUGUAAACUCAGAGUGCCAGAAACAACAAGAACAGCAACAAAGUGAUGAUUCGCCUACGAAAGUAAAUUCGACAACCCGUCUUCAUAGACCAAUUAAAACGGACGUGGACAAUGAAUCUGUUGAGACAAUAAUAAACAAUGCUCCUAUGGAGCCACCAAAUGCAACUGUAAAUGAACUCUUAGAGGAAAGAGCACAAAUUCCAAAAAAUACUGAAAGGACACAUUCACAGUUGAGGAAUCGUACAGAAUUCACACCUAACAAACAAUCAAAACGAAACCCGCCUGUGAGUAAUAUUUACGAAAUUCCGAGAAGCAUUGAAAUACCAGUUAUUGAAAUUAAAGACGAAGUCGAAAUUUUAGUAGCGGAAAACGACACAGUUGCCGGCGCGACUGUUGCUUCGGAGAGCUCCACAAAUAUAAUGGAAACAAACUGUUCGAUAAAUGAAAAAAAUUCAGCCGAAUUUAGUAGAAAUUCAAGUAAACAUAUAGAAAUAGAAAAAGAACCGACUGAUAAGGAGGAUGACGAUUAUCAUUUUGUGAUUAGUCUCUUGCCAACAUUGCGACGCAUUUCUUGUGAUCGAAAACUAAAAACGCGUAUGGAAAUAAUGAAAGUUGUAAUGGAGGCGGCACAAAGUAAUGGCACAUAAAUAAUAAGUAUUAUACAUAUGUUGUUAUACAUAUGUACACUAACUAUUAGUUAGAUAGAUAUAGUUAUAAUGAGGUAUUGCACUAACUAUUAUUAUACCCUAAACAGCGUAUAUUAAGUUUUCCACGUAGUUUGUAACCUUAUAAAGUUACAGAGUCUGUUCGGCUGAGUGUAUAUAAAUGAACUAGUUCCUCAGAUUUAUCGAUAUGAGUUUUUGCACAUUUGCUUUUCCCGCGAAGAACGUGCUUAUUUUUAAUUAUUUUCCAGAACCGCCGAUAUGGUAUUACUAUAGCUAUAGCUGCCAUAAAAUCAAGUUCUCAUAUGGAAAACUUUUUAUUAUAGCAUAUAACUUACAUACAUAUACAUAUUAUGCAUAUAGUUGCUAAGAAAUGUAACUGUAAAGAGUAUUAUAUUUUCGGUGUAGCUUACUAAAUUUGUUAAUAAUUAUUAUUAAAUACGUUUAGAUAGAUAGUUAGUCAAAUAAUAAUAUUCUGUCAAACUCGAAACGGGCUGAAUUUAGAGAGUUCUUAGUUCCCGCAAAUGAAGAAAAUAUAAUUAUUAUCAAAUCAAAGAAGGUAAUGUGAUUCAAUAAUGAAUUAUGACUGAUGAAAUUGUAUUUAAGUGCAGCACUACAACGCAAAAUACUAUUGAGUGCUGGAAUAACCAACCAUCGUUGCAAUUUCUAUAUUUUUUCGUACUACUUAUACUUCUUAAAUUAAGUUA